UGCCAUUACUAUGACAACUGCCUGAUAAAGCCUGUCUGAGAACAUCAACCUUUCUCAGUCAGUGACUUGAGAACACUUUUCCAUGCUUAAACCUAUGGAAAAGUCAGAGGAUAUCAGAUUUUUCAAGCACCUCCCACUUUUUGCCGGACUACUUUCACAAUGUAAACAGCUUAAAGCAUUGCAAAAAAUAAAAAGAUAAAACAGCCUAAAUAAAACAUAUUUAUUAAAAAAAAUAAUGUUACAAAAAUAAAUAAUGAUUUUUAAAUGAUUUAAUUUUAAUUAAAGGUAUAUUUACACAAAUUCUUAUUAAGAUGCUUACAUCUUUAAAAAACAUCUUCUGCUCUUAGACAUCUAAAACAACAACAACAACAAUAAUAUUAAUAAUAUUAAAUAAUUAAAAAAAAAAGAUGAAUUCUUAGUAACAAAAUCAGAGUAAGGACAGGAAAAAACAUUAAUUAUAUUUACAUCAUUCUCAAGUUUCACAAAGAUAAUUAUAAAUAAUACAAAUAAGCACUUUUUAAUCUUAAUUUGACAAUCCUUCAACUUUAUGGCAACGUUCAAUUUGCACUGGGAUGAUUUGUUGGAAGUUCAAAUGAUGAAUAUUGAAGAAAUUUAUGACAAGAACGAAUUUAAAGUCAACACUGGUAUUGAUCCAUCAAUCUUUGAUGAGGAAUUUGAUGAAGAAAAACAAUACAAUGUUACAAAGUUAUUGACUGAUUCUCAGCUGUCCGAGUAUUCGAAGACUCCUGUUUCAACUGAAUGUCUUCAAAUUCCUGAAACUGCUGCUCAAUGUUCUCAAGCAGCAUCUGAUCAAUAUCCUCAAGUUGAUGAAAAUCACAGUGCUGUGCCUGUCCUUACUGAUGUUGCCUCUGAAAAUAUUAACAAAGGCUUUAUAAUGGUUGAUAUGGACUCUGUAAAGGCAUUUAACGAGUCGGAAAAAAAUCAGCAUACAAAACGUAAAACUAACCAACAUAUAAACAGGCUAAAAACUUUUCUCAAACUAAAAAACGAAACACGAGAUUUCCAUUCCAUCCCAAUGACGGAGCUGGAUGAGCUUCUUGCCAUGUUCCUUCUCUCCAUUAAGAAAGAAGAUGGAACAGACUACGAGCCGAGUAGUUUAUGAGGGUACAUAUCUACAUUUGACAGAGUUCUCCAGGAAAAUGGGUACCAAUUUACCAUAGCCAAAAGUUCAAGACAAGGAUUUCCCCUAACAAAUCAGACUAAAUCGGCAAAAACAAAAAAUCUGAAAAAAUCAGGUAAAGGCAACAAAGAAAAUGCUGCCCAACCAAUAACAGAUGAAGAGAUUGACAGGCUUUAUGAUACCGGCCAACUAGGUCUUUCUUCACC